UGCCAACAUUACGGGAACAGAAUAUAGAAAUUGGCUCUUGAGGAUCCCCAAUACUAUCCCGAACGCUCUGUGGAGACUGGAGAAAGAUCAAGAGUUGAAGCACAACCAUCAAUAUCGGGUCUUGUGAACCAGCAAUUAUGGAUGCUGCUAAGCAAGAAUUUCUGAAGGAGUUUGGUGAACAUUACGGCUACCCAAACACUCCCAAAACCAUUGAUCAAAUUCGAGCUACUGAAUUCAACAGAUUACAAGAUCUUGUGUACUUGGAUCAUGCUGGUGCUACUUUAUACUCUGAGCUGCAAAUGGAAUCAAUUUUUGGUGAUCUCACGAGUAAAGUAUAUGGAAAUCCUCAUAGCCAAAGUGAUUCCAGCUCUGCGACUCUUGAGAUUGUGAAGGAUGCUCGCCAACAGGUCCUCGAUUAUUGCAAUGCAUCUCCAAAAGACUAUAAAUGUAUAUUUACCUUUGGGGCAACAGCAGCACUGAAGUUAGUUGGAGAGGCUUUUCCAUGGAGUUGUGACAGUACUUUUAUGUAUACGAUGGAGAAUCAUAAUAGUGUUCUUGGUAUAAGAGAAUAUGCUCUUGGUCAAGGGGCUGCAUCCAUAGCUGUAGAUAUUGAAGAAAAUGAGGCUCCUGGAGUAUCUGGAGAAAACAUUGCUAUGAAGAUAUCACCACACCAAGUACAAAGGAGAAAAGUAGCUGGGUUGCUGGAGGGAAAGCCAGAUGGUCAUGUGUAUAAUUUGUUUGCAUUUCCCUCUGAGUGCAACUUCUCAGGGUUGAGAUUUGACCUUGACUUGGUCAAGAUUAUCAAGGAGCACUCGAGCAGGGAUUUAGGGAUUUCUUCAGUUUGCAAAAAUGGACAAUGGAUGGUCUUGAUUGAUGCUGCAAAGGGAUGUGCCACCAUGCCACCUGAUUUAUCCAAAUAUCCUGCAGAUUUUGUCUCAAUCUCAUUCUACAAGCUCUUUGGCUAUCCAACUGGGCUUGGAGCUCUUAUUGUUCGAAAUGACUCUGCCAAGUUGCUGAAGAAGACUUAUUUUAGUGGAGGAACUGUUGCUGCUUCAAUUGCUGAUAUUGAUUUCAUUAAAAGAAGGGAAGGUAUUGAGGAGUUGUUUGAGGAUGGUACAGUUUCAUUCCUGAGUAUAGCAUCUGUCCGCCAUGGCUUCAAAAUCCUGAGAUCUCUAACUGCAUCUGCAAUAUCACGACAUACAAAAUCUCUUGCCUUGUAUACAAGGAAAAUGCUUUUGGCUUUGAGACAUCACAAUGGAUCUAAUGUGUGCAUCCUCUAUGGACAUCAAAGUUCAAUGGAACUGUGUUAUGAAAUGGGUCCUAUUGUUUCAUUCAACUUAAAAAGGCCAGAUGGUUCUUGGUAUGGAUACCGUGAAGUGGAAAAGCUGGCAUCUCUUUCAGGAAUUCAGCUAAGGACAGGAUGCUUCUGCAAUCCAGGUGCAUGUGCAAAAUACCUUGGCUUGUCUCAUUUAGAUCUUUUAUCAAAUACGGAGGCUGGCCAUGUUUGCUGGGAUGAUCAUGAUGUAAUCAAUGGAAAACCUACUGGAGCUGUAAGAGUAUCCUUUGGCUACAUGUCAACUUACGAGGAGGCUAAGAAAUUUAUUGAUUUUGUAGCAAGUUCCUUCGUGUCAUCUCAAAAUGACAUUUGCCAUGGGAAUCAAUUGGAAGGCAUUGAGAAGGGUUCCCCGGAUACAGGUUGUCAUCUUAAGUCAAUUACAAUAUACCCCAUAAAAUCUUGUGGAGGGUUCUGUUCAAGAAGCUGGCCUCUUAGCAAAAAUGGACUAAAACAUGAUCGCGAAUGGAUUCUUAUGAGUCUAAGUGGUGAAAUUCUUACACAAAAAAAGGUUCCUGAAAUGUGCUUUAUCAGCACCUUUAUUGACCUCAGUCAGGGAAUACUAUUUGUAGAGUCUCCACAUUGCAAAGAAAGAUUGCAGAUCAAGCUUGAGUCAGGGGUUAAUCAUGGUGCUAUGGAAGAACUUGAACUAUAUGGUCAAAGGUACAAGGUAUAUAAUUACAGCAAAGAAACCAAUGUAUGGUUUAGCGAAGCCAUUGGUAAACCCUGCACUUUGUUUCGGUAUUCUAGUACCGAGCAUGAUUUUAUGUUGAACAAGACGAAAGGUGUAGCAACCUGUAGAGAUACUAAGAGCACGCUAAAUUUUCCCAAUGAAGCACAGUUCUUACUUGUAUCUGAGGAAAGUGUGUCUGACCUAAAUAGACGACUAUGUUCAGAUGUACAGAAGGACAUAUGUGUUACGGCAAUGCAAGUCGAUGCAAGUAGGUUUCGCCCAAACCUUGUCGUAUCCGGAGGCAGACCUUACGGUGAAGAUGGAUGGAGAACCAUUAGAAUUGGAAAUAAGUAUUUCAGAUCGCUAGGGGGAUGCAAUCGAUGCCAGAUGAUCAACUUUUCACAAAAUGCUGGAAAAGUGCAAAAGUCAAAUGAACCAUUGGCAACUUUGGCAUCAUACAGGAGAGUAAAGGGAAAGAUUUUGUUUGGAAUACUACUCAAGUAUGAAUCUAGUGAUGAAGAGCAGCAGCAUGAUGAUUCCUGGCUUCAUAUUGGGCAGCAUGUUCAUCCAGAGUCUAUUUAGUUUAGCAAUUAGCACAUAAUAGGUGUAAUGACCUAACUUUCAGUACAUCAUGACCAAUGCUAAUCGUUAGGCGCUACCAUUUAGUUGACUUAUGGGACUCUAGACUCUGUAUUACUUAUAUAGAUAUGAGUCAGUUGGUAAUAUCAUAAGUUAGUCCAGUUUCAUCAUUUUUGUAAUUGAGAUUUAAACAGACAAAAAAAACUGAUACAUCCAUACAAAAGCAUAUAAAGAGAAAGUAGAUAUCAUAUAUGGGUGCCUCGGCCCUCGAGGGCUCAGUUUUAUACAUCAACAAAAAAUCACAAGUCAUAGUGAACACAUCUGACCGAAUUACAUACUGUUCAGGAGUACAUAAUAUACUUAUAUACAUAUAUAUUAUACAUGACACCUCAGGAUUUGGCCCACACAGGAGUCCCUAAUCUGAAAUGGAAGUCAUGAUUUUCUGAUGAGUUUUUCAGAGGAGGAGGAUCCGUCUGAGGAGAUACCAGCGUGGGAGGAUCAGAUGGCAGCAGAUUUAGCUUCUAGCUCAUCUGAAGAGAGUGUGGCUGGAGGAGGUGGAGAGCCGGGGCAGUUGCCCAAUGGCCCUCUGAUAUGUCUGCAUGCAGGGAUUUCUUUUGAGGACACCUAGUGAUGAUCUUGCUAGUUAUUUUCCCCUCUCUUUUGAUAGUAUUUGCUGAGUGGUAGGACCUUUACUGUUUAUAAGCUAGCCUGGUUCCAGAUUAGGAACUCGUGCAUGAGCCAAGUCCUGUAGUGUCAUGUGUAAUAUAUGUAUAUAAAUAUAUUCCGUAUUAACUUCCGAACAAUCUGUAAUUGGGUCAGAUGUAUUCACUAUGACUUGUGACUUUAUGUUGAUGUAUAAAAUUGAGCCCCCCGAGGCACUCAUGUAGUUUAUCUAUUUUCUCUCUCUGUUGUUUUAUGGAUGUAUGAUUUUCUGUCUGUUUAAAUCUCAAUUACGAAAAUUAUAAAACUGGACUAACUUAACAUAUUACAAUAAAUAUGACAGGCUCAUAUCUAUAUAAGUCAGAGUCUAAGGUCGACUGAAUUUAGUUUAUUCACUAAAGAAUGAAUAAAUUAAAGUGGCCAAACUGAAUGUAUAGUCAUACACUCAUACCACAUUAAUCUCCUGGACUCUAUAUAGGAAGCAUGUGAUGGGGUAAAAGUAUAUUUGCCUUAGAGCUAAUGUAUUCUAUAUUUUGUUAAUUUCUAUGUUGUACAUUUCAGUAACAUAAGAGGAGAGUAGAUAGUUGUCAUGUAAUAUGAGAAUGUAAUCUUAGAAAUGUAUAUUGGACUUGAUAGUAUUUGAUGUAUAUUGGCUAGAACAAAAAUUCAAA